CCCAAUCUCAGGCAGGACGUCCCUGAGAACAUCAGCCGCUUUUUCUUUGCUCUUGCUCAGCUAAAUCUAAAAAUGUCCUGGACUCGACCUCUACUUUUCACCUGUCUCGUCGUUCUGUCCGUCGUCACCUUGUUCCAUGGAGCCGACAGCGCCGCGGUGUCAGAUAAGAAAGAAGCCAAUCCUCAAGGUGCACUGAGGAAGGUCUUCAUGCCAGAGGCAGAUGCCUCCAGCUUCUUCAAACGACGAGGCAAGAGGGCUGUAAAAACUCAAGAUGAGAUAAACGCUGAACAGAGACAGAGACUGGCCGCAGAUGAGAGAAGGAGGGAGUAUCACGAGGAACAGAGGAAUGAGUUCGAGAGUUACGCUGAAGAGGAGCAUGACGAGCAAGACGAGCGCACCAGAGAGAAAACAGAGCAGUGGAGAGAGUUUCACUACGACGGCCUUGACCCAUCUUAUGAGUACAACCGACACACGGUGUAAAACACAGGAUAACUACAGGAGAACGGGUAGAGAGCUUUACAGUACUUCAUAGUAGAUUCUGUGAAGGUGUUUUGGCACAAUGUCUGCAGUGAACAUGCACACAAUAGCGCAAAAGAAUGUAGCCAUAUAUGUGUAUUCAUGCAUGCAGAACGUAUGUAAUCCAUGUUUCAUAGAUCUUUAAAAAGAUGUACAUUUAUUCAUAUGUAGGCUUACCCAUAACCCUGACUGUAUAACUCCCCGAAUUAUUAUUUUUAUCUCUAGUUUAAAUUGUAUGCAUUAUUUCGUUACACACAUUAUAAUGGCACAAGCCAUUGCACAGGUUUGUAACUUUUAGCGAUGUCAAACGAUUAAUCACAAUUAAUUGCAUCAAGAAAAAUGAAAAUAUAGAAAUAUAGAAAAUAUUUGCACGUAUAUAUGAACAGUCAUAUAAUUUAUCAUAAAUAAAAAAUAGAUAUAUAUUUUAGAACUAUAUAAAUGCAUGUGUGUUUAUAUAUACACAUACAUAUGGAUGCGAUUAAUCACUAUUAAUUGUUUGACGGCACUAAAAUCAUUAUUAAUACUAACUUAAUUUCAAAGUAACCUCAUUUUUAUUCAGUUCAUACCCUGCCGGUAAAUUGUUACAUUUAAUACAAACAUUUCAUAUUGUAAAUCUUUGUAGCUCUUUUAGUUUGAAUGACAAUAAGCCAACAAUAAAACUGGUGUUAUCUUCAUCUUUAA